CUUUGGGUCAUUUGUUCCCUUUGAAACGAAAGGCUGUGGUCUAUAUUUACUUUAGUUGGUCUAUCUUUGGUUUAGAAAAUCUUAGCCCUCCCUGUACCGGACUGCAGAACGAAGGCGAUUGAAAUUAACGCUCUUUCAACACAAACUGAAAGAUUAUUCCAUAUAUGCCAAAGAUGGUCAGACAUCACUCCGGACCUCCUCGGUUCAAGCCCAGGUGUAGCAUUUCCCUCAUACUUUAAAAACAAGAAAUGGACAGUGACGGGGGUAAGGGAGAUGCCUAGUCAUUUCUUGCGUCAUCACUGCAAGCGAUCAUCAUUCUCAAAGCUGCUGUUUACUUCUAAGAUCACUUUAGCACCGCCCUAAAAACCCGACUCAAAUUCGACACAAACCUUCAAAUAGGUCCUACUCGGGUGGCUACAACAACACGCCACACGAAGAGCAUUACAGCCCUCAUCUCGGGAGUCAGAGAGGAUUCCAGGGCCACCCAGGAAAGGCCCCUCCAAGCUGGAGAAAUUCCAGAGGCAGAGGACACGCUCACUUUGCCAAAAGUCCCACACUGAUGGGAGAACGGCGGGAGCGACAAUUCAAUCAGUGGAGGUCCCAAAACCAGGAUUCCUUCAACACAUGCCCCUCUCAAUCGGACCCCCAUCAUGGCCACAGGAGGGCACCCCCAUCCAGGCCAAACUGUCCUCCCCAAGCCCAGCAUAGGUCCUCCCCACACAGUCCUGCACAAUGGCACCAGGGCCAGAGGGGAGCACCUAUCCAUGGACAACACCCAGGUCACAGAUCCCCCUCACCACACCAUUACCAUAGCCAACGCCCUGACAGGAGGCUGCCACCCUCACCAUCCCCCCACGGUUCCUUCAUGGGCCCCUACAAGCACCCAGGUCCUUCCCAUGAAGAGGAUAGGAGCUGGGGUGCCCGGCCACACCAUAGCCCCGGGAAGAGGUUGUUUGAGCGCCCAGGUCGCGGGGGGAAGCGCUGGAAUGGGCCAGGGCCCUUUCCCCACCCACACAAUAGUGAACGUGGACCUUCUGGCACCACCCAGAAAAAGCCACAGGAGUUUCAUGGCAGAGGCCCAUAUCCAGAGAGGUGGUCUGCUGAGCGAGAUCCCAGGCAACAGCAUGGAGUGGUGGGAAGGGAGAGGGAGGGCAGCGGACGCCGCAGCGCUGAGUGGGCACAGGAAGGCAGCUCUCACCACCCUCCCCACAGAUCCCCCGCAUGGAAAGGCGUUUCAUCUUCUUUCUACCAGAACAGCCCGCAGGGAAGACCAAGUGGACAACCUCGCAAGCGGAAUUUCCAGGAGUGCGGACCAGGCCUUGGUCUGGAGCAUGGUCAUCCAAAGUGCCCUCGGAGAGAGAUCCCACAAACCUUCUCUAGGGGAUUUGGCGGCCGUCCCUUGUCUCUCGUGGACAAGAGUCGCUUGAUGAAGGGGCGUCAAAUUAGAGCGGAAUCGGUGAUGCGGCUUAAAGCACCUCCACUUCGACCCAGAGGAGCAGAUAUCGAGAACCAGGAAGAGGAAGGUCUGCAUGCAUCCAGAGCAAAUGCACGAUCCAAGUUCGCUCUUCGGCAGGAGCGUUUCCAAGCAAAGGCUGGGCCGCUGAGGAAGAGGCCCAUAACUCAUCAGUCACCUGCCAAGUCUUCCAGGAACUCUGAGUCACACAAGGAACAUGUGGACUCUCAGCGCGCCUUGAGCACACACAGCUCUUCCUCUAUAGACCGACGGUUGGCUCGUGACCUAGUCGUCGUGUCCCAGUGGCAAGCGCCGGGGACAAUCUCCAGCUCAAAGGACAGCCCCCCAAGGGAUAGAAGUAGACCACCAAAGAACAAGACCGAGCCCUAUUACAAUUCAGAUGAACAACUUACGCUGAAUGAACGCUUCUCUAAAAUUCAUGACUCCAGUCCUUCCCCUUCUCCAAGAGACUGGAGAUAUGCAGAAAGGCAAACGGACAUGCCACAGGAGAACCACACACCUGAAAGACCCUUCAGGAAUCCAAGAUCAACUCAGAGACCCAGCUUCCGCCCCAGCAGCCCAAAUCAUAAACCAGGUCCUCCUCCCCAGAGAAAGCCAGGCUCUGAACUGCCCGGUCCCUUUAGGAAGCCACUCAUGGGAGGCUUUGUGCCACGUCCCUUCUCUCAGAGGCCAGUGUUCAGGAAGAGCCAGAGCAUCCUGUCAAAAUACCGCAACAUGCCGUCGAUGCGUCAACGUGUACCUCCCAACAGAGGGUCGAAUUACCGCCGCUGGUGAUCAAACUAGAGGGACUGACUGCACAGAUUGGGGUUACACGCCCUGGCCUUGUGCUUUGGGCUGCCUCGUGGUCUUGGAGAUGGCUCCCAAAUGGAACUGUCCCUGUGCCCAUCAGAAAAACCAGACAUAAAAUGUGUAUAUUUAUAACAUAAGAUCUGUUUUAAAUAUAGAGAAUAGGCCAUCUGUUUCUAUUCUUCCUGACUAGUUAUUAUGGACAUGGUUUUGUGAUUUCACAACUGUGUUACAGCUCUCAUAACAUGUAAAUGAGGUAAUGGAGACUUCUUUUUAUAUUUUCCAGCAUCACUUUUUUCCCCGGUGCUUAGAUUUGUUUUUGCUGUAAAGUGGCCUUAAAGACUAUUCCACAGGGGCUGUUUAAUAUGAUGCUCUGUCAAAAGUGUGUUUUUUAUAAUUCUCAACCUGUUAAAAACUACUGAUACCCCUUGCA